GUCUUUUCAUAGUACAGCGCACACCAUUGCGAAAGGCUAGCAAUUACGCAGGGGAAACUCCAAGAAAAUACAACGAUUUCACGGAUUUGGAUUUACCUAGGAUUUACCUGGAAUAGGAUGUAGAUGUGAGAGAGAAUUGUGGUUGUAUGGGAACUUUGCAGAAUGGGCAAAUUCCAAAGCAAACAUGCCACAGUUAGUCGGAAUAUUAGCCGUGAAGGUCCGGACGGACAGCAUGGGGAAUAUUUCAUUGUUAACGCCAGUUUGCCUUCACCUGUAAACAAAGCUCUAGAGGAACAGUUAUGGCAGCGACAAGUUACAACGUCAACUGGAUAUAACCUCGCUGCAUACAACUUAGACAGAGCUUCGGAGUUUGCAUUUUGCCUACAGAACCACCAUGCAGAGAAGGGGGAGACAGAGGAGAAAAAAGAUGCAGCAAAUGGACAGGGACCAUUAAAAGUUGCUCUUCCGCCAGAAAAAGACAAUGAUAUGACCAAGGUAUUGAAUUUAGACAAAGAGGAGGAUGGGAGCGAUGUUAAACCAGUGCUCACGGACUCUGACAACGAGGAGAAAGCCAAAGAUGAGAAGGAUAAGAAGAGUGAAAAGCCCAAGGAACUGGAUGUGGAGGAAUUUGAAUGUGGUGUCUCCGUGGAAGGGACAGACAAAGAAGAGUGGUCCUUUACAUUGUAUGAUUUUGAUGGAAAAGGGAAAAUCACUAAAGAGGAUUUGAUUACCUUGAUGAAGUCACUUUAUGAUGCUGUUGGUUCCACAGUGAAACUCCCAGAAAAUGGAAACAAGAGCUUGAAACUAAGACUUACAAUCUCUCCAGAGAAAUCCAAGGAAAACAAUGCAAAUGUUGAAAGCUUCCAAGAAAACAGACUGAAUAUUGAAAUAAAGGAAACACCGCCAACUCCACCAUUAGUGCCACGGGAAUCGGAGAAUUUGUCAACUCCAAAGCUCACUGUAGACUUAUCCACUCCAAGACUGUCAGAUGAUAUAUCCUCUCCAAAAGUGCCGGAAAACUUACCUCUUCCUCAUUUGGCUGAAAACUUAUCUACUUCAAGUUUCACGGAAAAGCAAUCAUCAAGUUCAAAACUUUCUGGAAGCCUGGCAACUCCUAAACACAUGAAGGAAUAUGAGAAUUGUGACAUUUUGCUCAGUGGUGGAAAGGCAAGUAAUCUGGCAGUGAAAGUGCCAGAGAAAAACAUUGAAGCCAUGGAGGCCCCUGGGAAGGAAAGCCCCCCUCCACUUAGGCCCAGAAAACCAAAAUUUAGCUCACAGGAACAGCGCCAUCUGGCAGAACUUGUACAGAAGAAUAUGGAGAGGCAUCAGCUGAGGCAGGAACAACUCAAAUUGCACCAUGGGGAGAGCAACAGGAGUCACUCGCGGGAUAGGCAUUCUUCUGAGAGACGGAAACACCGCAACUCGAGUAAAGAGAGCAGAACAGAAGUGAAGGAAAAUCAAGAAAGGAGAAAUUAUUAUCUAGACCUAGCAGGGAUUGAUAAUAACCCCACAGUGUCUUCUUUGCAUAACACGUCUGCUCCGGCAGCAAUACUCACAAACUCUGGCAGUUGUAGGAGUAAGUCUCGGGAUAUGCGUUCUAAAUCUCACAGUAUUGUGCGAACUGAGCAGCGACAACAGCAGCAGAUAUCCCAUCAAUCCCAGCAUCAAGGUCAUUUCAGGUCAAGGUCACAGGAUGUUUCUUAUCAGUACUUCUUGGAUGGAACUUAUGUAAAUGCCUCAGAACAGUAUAGUAACCCUGCUGAGGGGGCUACAGCAAUGGGAACCAAAGCCAGCCCAAUUUAUGAAAAUCUUCCUCGAACCCCAAAAAGUCGACGGGUUCCAAAAUAUUCCUCCAGCCCAAAGGUCAGGUCAGGGUCAAACCGGCCUCUGCCUGUCCAUGAGGUAGCCAAUCACAACCAGCACUACCAGCGCAGGCACAAACACCGAGAUCGUGACCACAGGCUUGCCAUGCGUCAUGUGUCACAGUGGCUGGAGAAAGAGUGUUCUGUUGAGGAGCAUAAUGGGCAGCUGGUGAUACAGAAACAUGAGCACCAUCAUAUCCAUGAGCAUCAUCAUCAUCACCACUAUCACCAUUACACUGGUGCAGGUGGCGCAGCUGGUGGUGCCACUUCAUGAAAGUAACCAUGGCAACCAGAUGGUGGAUUUUCCAAAAAAUUUUGGUUGCUAAGGGAUAUUUGACUUGGAUUUUUUCUUUGCGAGAUGAUACUUGAAGUUUAGGUAUUAUAUCAGAGCACUUGGAAUAGUCUGUUUUAUAAAUAAAAAUUAUUUAUUUUGGUCUUUUUUUUUUUCUUUUUUUUUUGCAGUCAGCAAAAGAGACUUUUCUUCAAACUAUAUGAGUUAGCAAAUUGAAGUUUUGCAACAGUUCAACUCUCUCUAAUGUUUGGACUAUAAUGUCACUGACAAAAGUGUUGUGUCAAAGUUUGCCAGUGAGGUACAUCAGGGACAUGAAAAGGGGACUCUCCCGUUCACUGGAUAGCAAUACUUGGCCACAUCUUGCCAAAGAAAACUGUCAGGGACGGAAAUUCUUUCUCCAGUUGUGAGCUUCCUACCAAAUAUAACAAUUUUCAUUUUAUACACAUUAUGAUUGAUGUAGACUUUUUUUCUGAACAGGUUACAUACCAGUGUAGGCAUAAAUGUAAAAAAUCCUUUGCAGUAUUUUUAGAUUUAUAUGCCGGAUAUGUUGUGUUUGGGGGAGGGGGGGAUUGCCUGUCAACACCAACAUGAUAUUUCUUUUGAGACAAAUGGGAGCAGUUAAAAGUUGUAGGAGAAUGUUGUAGGAAAACUUGAAGUCUACAGGGUGAAGCAUACUUUCAUGUAUAUAUGUAAUGUAAAUAACCAGUGUUUAUUUAUUGAAGAGUAAGGAGACUCUUUUUUUUAACAGGGUUUGGCCAACUUUUACCAUUUCUUUUCUUUAAUACCAGUUGUUGUAUUUAAGUACAAUUGCCGAUUUUACCUUCCCAUGGAAAAUAGCAAGGGAAGAAAUCAUUGGGUUGUAACUUUGUUGGCAAACUGUGAUGUAAUAUUCAACUACUUCUGUUAUCCACUCCUUUUUAUGACAAACAAAUCAUGCCAAAUGUAGAAAUUUAGAUAUCGGAUUAAUUUAAUUGUCUGUUUCAUGUUAGGCUGCAGUAUUAUAUCACUUUAUCAGUCUUCAGUGGUACUACCUCAUACUUAAAGAGAUUGGUUGUUCUUUUUGUUAAUCAAAUGAGUUGAAUGGUACUUUUAUUUUCCUCUGAGAAGUUAUUUACAUAUGGCCACUGACCUUGGUGGAAUAUAUAUAUAUAUAUAUAUAUAUAUAUAUAUAUAUAUAUAUAUAUAUAUAUGAUCCAAGUUGAGAUGGCAGAUUAAGAUUUUCAGUUCACUUCUUUUUCUUUGUAAAAGGUAAAGGAGGAUUUGUAUCAAAAUGAAACAAGGUAUGUGAUUUAUAAGUAUUACACAAUAGUUAACACUUGUAAACUUCUUUGGUUGUAAGAAAAAAAUAAGAAAGUUCACUUACAUUAAGGGACUUAGAGUGGGAGGACUUAUAGUGAGAGUUGAAAAUCCAAUGGGGAUGUCAGACAUUCAUGGUUGGAAAAAUUGUUUGAAUAAGUAAAAAAAAAAGGUGAAGUUGAUAUUGCACACUCGGAUAAAGGCACAGAAAGUGUAAUCAAGAUCCAUUUUGUGGUGUUUUUCGCACCCAUAAGUCACCCCUUUACCUGUAAUACCAUGGUAAGCUACUGAACAGUUUAUGUGAUAUACUACUUGGUAAAAUAUGUAAAUUAUUUAAUGUACGUUUAAAAAAAUUGGAUUUAAUUUGACAGAAGAAUAUUGGUCUUUUUUUCUCAAGACACCGACUGUAAUUGUGGUUAGAACUGAUGACCGGCACAUCUGGGUUCAAAUAGUCUUUAAUUAAGUUGAAGGUAGAGUCGUGGCGGAGCAGUUGUGUUCGGUUAUUGUUAUAAAAUUCACACUCCUUGGUUUGACUGGUUUGUAAUUAAUAAAGUGUACAUUUGUUUGUAUAAUAUUGUACAUUGUAAUCAUGUGUUUUAGCAAAUAAACGAUAGUAAUAUUAAAGUGUUAA